AUCAUGGUGCCUGCCUUACUGAUCCUUUUGGGGGCCAUGGAGACUCUGCAAACAGACUUAUUUCCUGACAAAACAUUUUUACUUCUCCCACCUGUGAAUUUCACCAUUAAAGUUACUGGUUUAGCUCAAGUUCUUUUAUGUUGGGAACCAAAUCCUGAUCAAGGACAAAGGACUGACACUGUAAAAUAUCAUGUGAAAAUAAAUGCCCCACAACAAGAGGAUUAUGAAACCAGAAACUCUGAAAGCAAAUGUGAAACCACCCUUCAUCAAGGCUUUUCAGCAAGUGUGCGUACCAUCCUGUGGAGGGACCACUCCUUUCUGGCCAGCAGCUGGGUUUCUGCUGAACAUAAAGCCCCACCAGGAUCUCCUGGAACCUCAAUUGUGAAUUUAACUUGUACCACAAACACUGCAGCAGGUAAUUUUACAGACUUAUUAAAGUCAUAUCAAGUUUCUCUUCAUUGCACCUGGCUUGCUGGCAAGGAUGCCCCUGAGGACACACAGUAUUUCCUCUAUUAUAGGUAUGGCCCUUGGACUGAAGAAUGUCAAAAAUACAGCAAGGAUACACUCAACAGAAAUACUGCAUGCUGGUUCCCAAGGACUUUCAUUCAUAGCAAAGCACGUGACAGGCUUGCAGUGCAUGUUAAUGGCUCAAGCAAACAUGCUGCAAUCAAGCCCUUUGAUCAGCUGUUUGAUACACAAGCCAUUGAUCAACCAAAUCCUCCAAUGAAUGUCACAGCAGAGACUGAAGGAUCUCGUCUCUCCAUCCAAUGGGAGAAACCAGUUUCUGCCUUUCCAAUUCAUUGCUUUGAUUAUGAAGUGAAAAUUUACAAUACGAAGGGUUAUUAUCAGGUGGAAAAGACAACAACCAAUGCAUUUGUCUCCACAACUGAUGGUGUUUCUAAGUACUCCAUUCAAGUGAGAGCAGCUGUGAGCACCGCAUGUAGAGCCAUGGGGCUAUGGAGCAAGUGGAGUCAACCUAUUUAUGUGGGAAAUGAGCAGAAGCCCAUCACGGAAUGGUUUCUCAUCAUGCUUACAGCAACCAUCUGCUUUGUGUUAUUAAUUUUCUUAUUCCUCUGCAGAAUAUAUCACUUAUGGACCAAGUUGUUUCCACCAGUUCCAGCACCAAGAAGUAACAUCAAAGAUCUCAUUGUGACCAAUAACUGUGAGAAAGCUGGUUCCAGUGAAACAGAAAUUGAAGGCAUAAGUUAUGUAGAAGAGCCUGUAUUUGAAAUCUUGGAAAAUUCUGUGUUUUGAUUGUCACUGUGGUACUCACAAAUGAAUUCACAGUGAUAACAAAGACUAUGGCUUCCUGGCUAAGAAGUGUUCACAGUUUAUGGAAUAGUCAAUUGAGCUGGAAGCCAAUACAUCCAGAUAUAUGUCAUGUUUCUCCUAAACGUGUGCAUGCUUCAUCAAAAGUCUCCUUGCUCACAGCCAGGUGAAUGAUUAAAUUGAAUAUCUGCCCACAAUAUUCCUCCUCAUGUUAUAUAGAACAUCACUUUCUCACACCUGCCAAUCUUUGCAGUUACAUAACUCAAACUUUUUGGCGCAAGAGACAGUUUGUAAGGCUAUCGUCAAAUGUGCUUACUUCUGUGCCAGUUUGGCUGUUUACAUUGCCCUUGCACAACACCUUGCAUGUAUUUGAAAUUCACAAACAUUUAGCAGAAAUCAAGGCCUUCAAUAUCACAGAGAAGAUGACAGAUUCUCUUGAGCAUGCAACUAGGAGACCUGCGUGUCUCGCCAUGAGGCUACCAUGAACUGGAUCUCUUUGUGAUGAUUUGGUAAAGUUGUUGUGUAUAAAUUGCUGUUUAAGAGAACUGAGUUUCAGAAGUGGCUCAUUCUGAGUGGUCAACUCUCACUAGCUUUGUCAUGGCAAAUCAGGAAAUUUGAACGUUUAAUGAAAAAUACCAUCACCUGCAGCUGAUGAAAGCUGCGGUCACAAUAUUGGCUCCCACUAGCAUUUGGAGAGUCCUUCCCUUUGGAGCUUUCUCAGCCACAGGAUCUAAAACAAGUAGUUGUUCUCCAAGAUAUCCUUUGCAAUAAGGGUUUAGUCUCAUCUCUUCCUUUGGCUCUUGGAAUUUUCUGUGUAUAGUAUAGUGUGUGGGAGAUUGGAGGGUGAAGUUCAUGUUUGCCAACAGCUUGGCCACCUGAGCCUCAUUGAAGUGCUUCAGGCCUCAAGUUAUUUAUGCAGGCUGGGGAAGAAUUCGUGUGGCCAAAGAACAUCCUGAUUAAAAAUCUGAACAUUUUCAUGGUGAGACUUGUAUGUGUCAGGACCAUCUGUUGAUGGAAUUAAUAAAACUUGGGUGCUAAUUUGUUAAAGAAAAAGUAGAUAUCUGGAAGCAAGAACAGUUAACUGAAAACAAUCGUUGAUGGCACAAGUAAAGGUGAACAAUCUAAUUAGAAUAGGACAUAAUGUUAACCUAAGGAUCUUUGUGACAAUGACUGUUACUAUUCUUGCUUCCAUAUCCCAUAAAUUGAGUUCCAGAGUACAAACGUUUUUUUUUUUUGAAAAUAAAUACAUUUUAAUAAAAAACAAAAUACAAAAUAACUUUUCAGAAAACAGAAAUGUUUAAUCCUUUCCCCAUACAUUAGAACUUGCUUUAUCCUCAGGGCACAGUUUGAUAUGUGCAUGCACACUCAGGAUUCACCUCAUGAUGCCCUCACCACAGGAGAGAGAGCGGAAAUGUUAACCUCUGGUUAACAGUCACUCUGAAAUCUAAUACUAAUUCUAUCUUGUGACUUACUCCAAAUUAUUCUUUUUAUUGGUACUGGGAAUUGAACUCAGAGACUUGCGCUUGUCAGGCAGAUGCUGUGCCGCUGAGCUACAUUCCCAGCCCUCCAAAUUAUUAACCAUAAUCUUUUUUUUUUUUGGUGGUACUGGGGAUUGAACCCAGGGCCUCCCCCAUGCUAGGCAAAUGCACUAUCACUAAGCUGCAGCCCCUCCUACCAUAA